AUGGCGGUCGAGAUUCUGGAUUUCCCCAUCGAGAUACUCGAGAUGAUCUUCUUCGAAGCCAUCCAUCCGUGGGAAGACGACGUCGACCAGAUUAUGGACUAUGAAACAGGCCUCAGUAUCGCUCUCACGUGCAAAAGAUUCAAUCUCGUCGCUCGACAUGUCUUGUACCGCCGAAUCGACCUGGGUACGCCAGAUCUUGAUUCUGUCAGCAAAUCCGCUGAAGCACUGUUGCAGACCCUGUCCUUGUAUCCUGGAUUGCGACCCACGUGCCAGUCCUUCCAUAUUUAUCUCGGGCAAGGAGCCUUUCAGCAAGAAACAUUCAAAACAAUCAGCAAGCUGGCGUCUUUGCUCCAUCGCGUGCGCGUGUUCGAGGUAUCUGGGAGCUGCGGGAAUCCGUUGACCUGGCUGCUGCUCCUGAAAGCCAUACAGAUGAAGACUGUGGAGGAGAUUCGAGCUGAUGACUACAUUAUACCUUCACGAGACGAAACAUUGAAGAUACAAAGGCGGGACGUCUGGGCCGUGAGAAUGGCUGCUCUGGGAGACAAUAUCCCUGGAAAUGUUGCGGAUUUUCUCGACACUCAGUAUGAAAACGGAACACUCCCUGUUAUUAAGACGGCGAAGUUCAACGGAUUCAGCCAGGCCCCUCGACUGCUGCAGGAGAUCCUGACCUGGUUCACCGGUCUCGAGCAUUUUGCCUUUACAUACACAUACAAUCGCUCGUAUGCUUGGUCCUACAGAUGGAGCUAUACCAACAUCAGAGCGGCCCUCGACCGUCACAGAAAGACGUUGAAGUCGAUUCUGAUCCACCCCUUUGAGCCCAGCCCGAUGGGCUUCUUAGACCUAAGAAGCUACACAAAUCUUAAAGUUCUCGAACUCUCAUUCCGGACCAUCGUGGUUGAAUCGCCCCAAGCCGCGGCCACCCUACUCCUCGCGCCGAAUUUGGAGCUAUUAGUGCUAACCUUCUGGACGAUCGUCCGCGAGAAGGCCAAAUACAACUGCAUUCAAAGGUGUGACGAGGAGUGGUUAGUGAAAUUCGGAGAACAUUCGUCCAGAGUACGAAAGUCCCUGCCCCGUGUGCAUGUCAAAAUCCCUGCCUACGCCUUUCGAGGCACCGAGAAGGAGCUUUGGGAUGCCCGCUGUACGUUCGAGGAUCUUGACAACAUCCAGGAUGAGCUGCAGGGAUAUGGUAUUGAUUUCACAUACGAUGACCCUCCUGUCUCCAAAGAGGAAUUCCGGGAAUGGAUACGAGACAAGGAUGAGAUGGACUUGCUUGGGGGACUUUGGAGAUACAUGAACCGCUAUGCUGCAUAUCUCUCAGACGAAUCAGAUUCAGGUUUUGAAUCUGGCACACUUGAUACCAAGGAACAUGACGAAGUGACCCAGGAAUCUGCAGACAAACUGGAUACUGACGAGGGGGAAGGAAAGACGCAGACUUGA